GUUGUAUAAGCCUGGCCUCACCAAACCUCCUUCCCGUCGUGGAGAGUACCUGCGUGAGAGGUCGUCCAGGAAGCAUCUGCCAUACCCUCAGAAGCCAGCUCCACUGGAGCUCCGGAUUUCAGCCCGUGUGACAGGACGAGGAUGCAAACCAGAGUUCACGCCUGAAGAACUUAAAUAGAAUGAGGAAACAAUACGCAGGGGCUUCUCGGAGAUGAGCUUUAGCACUUUGUAUAAAGCAUUCAAGGCGACACUUGCUGGCCGCGAGGCUGCACGUCAACGUCUCCUGGCGACGGCAUGGGAAAUUGAGGAGGCAAAGCGGUUCUCGACAUUUCUUCAGGCACUCCAUGACGAGAACAGAAACCGCCUCAAAUUCAAGGAUGAUGAGCUGAAACAACUCGGGAACGUUUUUUCUGAGCGUGGCCGCACAGAAGUCGACAACGACACGAAUUAUCUUCAGGCUGCAUACGACGAUGAAUGCGAGAUGCUUCGCGCUAUCGGUGCCCAAGCAAAUCUGAUGUCAAGGCACUUAGGCUCAGAUAUCAGGAAUGAUAUGUUGGCAUCCACAGGACAAUCUCACCACCAACCUCGAUUCGUCGGUACGGCGAAUCACGGGAGCAGCAGCUCACAUGAACCAUCUGAUGGUAGUGCCACGGACACGGACUCAGAUGAUGACGAUCAAGAUGAUGGGUUAUCACUGGCGGGCCACAGCAGCCCUCGUAAUUUGGGUCAGUUGCCCUCGUGUGACUCCCAAAUCCAAUCGUGCGAAUAGAUCAAUUCAAUUCGCCCUGGUUAUCAGAACUGAUACCGACUGAAACUUAUCGGACCACCCUUCCCCCCUCUUACAUUUUGUUCGUAAAUCAGCUUAUCAGACCGCCACGGCUGCCCAGUUUGUACUGAUCAUGUAACAUUUGUGCUUUAUUUCUCCUUGUGUACUACCACGAUGCAAUUCAAUCAGCGCAAUCGCUGUCUCCUUCUCACUUUAUGACCCCCAACUUCAAUGUCUAGCGGUUCAUGGCGCAAAAGCAAAGCCAAGGUUCCAAAGCCACCACGGGG